AUGGCGCCGCAAAUGAUGAAUGUGAUUCGUGCUUGGGGUAAUGUGACGCGAAUGGUGGAAAAUUUUGUCUCUGCGAAUUUUAGCUUGAUGGCAAUAUGCAAACUGUUCGUUACUUGGUAUCAUGGCAAGACACUCCAGCCGUUGAUAAUGUCAAUUAUGACCGAUUGGAUGACUUCAACAACUAAUUGGGAACGAAAUACCAUGUUGAAAAUCGCGAGACGUGGCAGAAACUUGUCCUUAAAAUGUUGUUUGUCCGCAUUGGGUUUAACGACAUUUUCACUAUCUUUUCAUUUGUUGAGGCUUUUUAAAAAUAUACACCAGCCUCGACGGAAUCUUGUCUAUCGAUUAGAAAUCAUUCAAAAGAGUCCGAAUUACGAAAUCACUUACAUUAUUCAACUUUUCGGCGGUGCAUAUUCAGUCUUUGCUAACUACAUGAUUGAUAGUUUUGUCUCGGUACUUGUGCUGCACGUAUGCUCCCAACUCAUAAAUCUGAGAUUAACAAUAAACAAUCUGGUGAACGAAACAGCUAAUAACUCUAUAUCUUCCUCAAGAAAAGAAAGAUUUAAGAAAGAUUUAGCUGCAAUUGUAGUACGACAUGAGCAUCUCAUCAGGUAUGUUAGAAAAUUUCCAAUGAUAACAGAUAAUUUGAAAAUACCUAUUGUCCGAAUGCUUUUUCUCUUAUUUUAUAUAACAUUUAUAUUGACGCACUUCUAUACAUAUUGCUACUCAGCUGAAAAACUUAUGGCAGAGAGCACUAACAUGGCGUACGGAGUGUAUGACUGCAAGUGGUAUGGUAUACCAUCAAAAAAUGCAAAAGAUUUAAUGUUGAUUGUAUAUCGAUCUACAAUUCCUCUUAAAUUGACAGCUGGAAAAUUCGGGAUCCUUUCAUUAGAGAUGUUUGGAAUAGCUAUUAAAACGGCAAUGGGAUACUUAUCUGCAUUGAUAACAUUGCAAAAUUAG